AUGUACAUUCAUUCCAACAAUAUCUCUGCCGCAGAAAUCCGUAACAACUACGAACAACGCCUGAGGCAGGCUCGCCAACAAAAUAGUCAGCAAGCCAAUGGCACUGAAGACAACAGUAGCAGGAAUGAGGGGGGAAUAGCUGAGGAUGAGGAGACGUCAGAUGUUGCUGUUGAGACCCAGAAUAGACGAAAGCGCAAGUCUCAGGCCGCACUGAAAGCCAUGAAGGCCGCGAAGCAGAAAAAAGUCCAAGGCCAGCAAAUUGACGAUGCAAAAAUACUUAACUCCAUGGUUCGUGGCAAGAAAGCAAGUCACAGGGUGCCUGGCCAACUUGAGAACUGCGAAUCUUGCCAAACACGUUUUACGGUUACUGCAUACAGCAAAGCUGGUCCAGGAGGUGGUCUCCUGUGUUCCCCUUGCUCGAAGCUCGUAGACCUUCGGGACCAGCAGACCAAAAAGGCAUUUGCGAAUAAAACUAAAAAGGGCCGUCGCCAGAAUGUUAGCAAGAUUCUAGACGGUAUUGCCCAGCUUGGUGCAACCAGCCUCGUUGAGAGCUGUAUCAAAACAGUCGCAGACCAUAUCGACAAUAUCGAGGAGUUUGGCGAUCUCCCGCCCGAUCUUGUCUUGAGACUUAGCCACAUUUUAUCCAAGCGACGAGCGUUGAAUCCACUAACUGUUGAUCUUUUCCUGCGUGGAGACGUCACUGUCAUUGACAUAUAUGAUUGCGGAAAACUGGAGGAAGAUGAUUUUCAGAAGAUAUUCUCUACCAUGCCAUUUCUCGAGAGAGUCAAUCUACGUUUUGCAGGUCAGCUGAAGGAUAAGCAGUUGGAGUAUAUGAUGGAACACAACAAAGAACUCAAACACCUGCAUCUCGACGCCUCCAACCUGAUAUCAAACGGAUGCUGGCAAAAAUUGUUUAAAACAUGCGGUUCGAGGCUCGAAAGCCUCAAACUGUCUAACCUAGACUCCGCGCUCGAUGACGAGUCGAUAGCUGUGAUGGCUGAACACUGCACCAACCUGCUUCGCUUGAAGCUGAAAAGCUGCUGGCUACUAGGGGACGACGCACUCAGUUCCAUUGCAAAGCUUUCCAAACUUGAGCACCUCUCUCUAGAAUUUUUGAAAGAGACAUCUUCCAACGUGCUUCUGGACAUGGUCGACAAACUCGGACCCAAUCUUCAAACUUUGUCACUAGUCAGCUUUAAAAACGCCGAGGAUGAGAUGCUAGACAUGAUCCAUCAACGCUGCAGACGGCUUUCCAAACUGCGUUUCGCAGACAACGAUAAAUGCACAGAUGCAUCGUAUUCCAGCCUCUUUACCGACUGGGAUAAUCCACCUUUAACCCACGUUGACUUUUCCAGCACACGUGACGUGGACAACAGGAACCCUGAUGGCCCCGAAGAACCCAUCGGCCUAGCCUCAGCAGGCUUCAAGGCGCUGAUGAACCAUUCCGGAAAAUUUAUCGAGGCCCUCAACAUCUGUUCGUGCCGGCAUAUUUCGCACAAGGCAUUAUCGGAGGUGUUUGAUGGGGAGCAAAAGCACCCCUGCUUGAAGGAGUUUGAUAUCUCAUUUCAUACGUCUGCGGACGACUCCCUUGUGCUUGGCAUUUUUCGGUCGUGUCCGGCUCUGAGGAAGGUUAUUGCGUUUGCGUGUUUUGGGAUUCGCGAUGUCAAGGUUCCGCCUGGCGUGGCACUUGUUGGGGGGUUGAAUGCGCACCACACGGCUUUGCAGGAGGAUAGCAUGAAGGUUAUCGAUCAGAUUUUUUGA